AGAGGCGGGGCCGGGGCGGGUUGUUGUGAGGCGACUGCGCUACUGCCGGAGCGGGGCGGUCAUGGCGGCUCCAUAUUAACAGCCUCCUCCUCCUCCGCCGCCGCCGCCGUCGUCUCCUCCUCCUCCUCCUUUCCCUCCCGCCCGCGCUCUAAGCCAUCUCCCCCUUCACCCUGACGCCUACCUCUUUCCCUCACCUUUCCCCCUCCCCUGUUCUACCAUGCCCGGCAUGAUGGAGAAAGGGCCCGAGUUACUGGGGAAGAACCGAUCGGCCAACGGCAGCGCCAAGAGCCCGGCAGGCGGCGGCGGCAGCGUUGCCUCGUCCACCAACGGCGGGCUGCACUACUCAGAGCCCGAGAGCGGCUGCAGCAGCGACGACGAGCACGAUGUUGGGAUGAGAGUCGGAGCCGAAUACCAAGCUCGGAUCCCUGAAUUUGAUCCAGUAGAGACAAGGUCUCACUAUGUUUCCCAGGCUGGUCUCAAACCCCUGGGCUCAAGCCGUCCGCCCUCCUUGGCCUUCCAAAGUGCUGGGAUUAUAGGUGCUACAAAGUACACAGAUAAAGACAAUGGAGGGAUGCUUGUAUGGUCUCCAUAUCACAGUAUCCCAGAUGCCAAAUUGGAUGAAUACAUUGCAAUUGCAAAGGAAAAGCAUGGCUACAAUGUGGAACAGGCACUUGGCAUGUUGUUCUGGCAUAAACAUAACAUUGAGAAGUCCCUUGCUGAUCUCCCUAAUUUCACUCCCUUUCCGGAUGAGUGGACAGUGGAAGAUAAAGUCCUAUUUGAACAAGCCUUUAGUUUUCAUGGAAAGAGCUUUCACAGGAUUCAGCAAAUGCUUCCAGAUAAGACAAUUGCAAGCCUUGUAAAAUAUUACUAUUCUUGGAAAAAAACUCGCUCUAGGACAAGUUUGAUGGAUCGCCAGGCUCGUAAACUAGCUAAUAGACAUAAUCAGGGUGACAGUGAUGAUGAUGUAGAAGAAACACAUCCAAUGGAUGGGAAUGAUAGUGAUUAUGAUCCCAAAAAAGAAGCCAAAAAAGAGGGUAAUACUGAACAACCUGUCCAAACUAGCAAGAUUGGACUUGGAAGAAGAGAGUAUCAGAGUUUACAACAUCGCCAUCAUUCUCAGCGUUCUAAGUGCCGUCCACCUAAGGGCAUGUAUUUAACCCAGGAAGAUGUGGUAGCAGUUUCCUGUAGUCCUAAUGCAGCCAACACCAUCCUGAGGCAACUGGACAUGGAGUUGAUCUCUCUAAAACGUCAGGUUCAGAAUGCUAAGCAAGUAAACAGUGCACUUAAACAGAAAAUGGAAGGUGGAAUUGAAGAAUUCAAACCUCCUGAGUCAAAUCAGAAAAUUAAUGCCCGUUGGACCACAGAGGAGCAGCUUCUAGCAGUGCAAGGUGUCCGCAAAUAUGGUAAAGAUUUUCAAGCUAUUGCAGAUGUAAUUGGCAACAAGACUGUUGGCCAAGUGAAGAACUUCUUUGUAAACUACAGGCGUCGGUUUAACUUAGAGGAGGUAUUGCAGGAGUGGGAAGCAGAACAAGGAACCCAGGCUUCUAAUGGUGAUGCUUCUACUUUAGGGGAGGAGACAAAAAGUGCUUCUAAUGUGCCAUCAGGGAAGAGCACUGAUGAAGAAGAGGAGGCACAGACCCCACAGGCUCCUCGGACACUGGGUCCAUCACCUCCUGCCCCAUCAUCCACUCCAACACCAACAGCCCCUAUUGCCACUCUGAACCAGCCUCCACCACUUCUUCGUCCAACACUGCCUGCUGCCCCCGCUCUUCACCGGCAGCCUCCUCCACUCCAGCAGCAGGCUCGGUUCAUCCAGCCCCGGCCAACUUUAAAUCAGCCUCCACCACCUCUUAUUCGCCCUGCUAAUUCUAUGCCACCCCGUCUAAACCCAAGGCCGGUGUUGUCCACGGUUGGUGGUCAACAGCCACCAUCACUUAUUGGAAUUCAGACAGAUUCACAGUCCUCACUGCACUAAAAAUUAAAUUGGACACAGCUGCAGUAACUUUUCACCCCAUCAUUAUACCAAUGCUCAUCUGACUGAUGAAAACGAGGAAAGAAUAAUCAUUUCUAGAUACUGAGGCUGCGAACUAGUUCUGUGGCAGUGGACUAGCAUAAGUGGAUGUCUAAGAAAUUUUUCAGUUCACUAGACUAAAAUGCUAUACAACAAAAAGCCUCCAGUUAGCCUCCUUUCUACAGUAUAUGUUCAGCAAUGUUGAUCUCAUAAAAGGAAAAAAAAAAGAUUUAAGUAUUCUAUAUACCAAGUUUUUGUUUUGUUUUUACUGUAUUUAUUUUAUUGAGGUUCUUUAUAUUCCUGCCUCUUCAUAGUCAAGGCUCUUAGUACAGGAAUAUUGACUUAGGAAUUGUGAAAACUCCUUAAAUUUCUUAAGUUAAGGAUGUUUGGCUUUUUUCUUUAAUUUAAUUUUUUAAAAACCAUUUUCCUAUGUUAGGAGUGCAAGAAUAGCCAGCAUUUCAGAUUUUGACAUAUGUUCAUUUUAUGCAUAUUUAAGAAAUUAUAGCUGCAUAUCCCUUCUUUCAAAAAAUGUUGCUUUUUUUCUAAAGGAAUUUUAAUAUGUUCCUUUAAAAGAAAGCAAUUUAAUCAAUUGCAAAGCAAUUAUAUAAAACCACAAAGAAUGUACUGAACCUACUAACCCUUUAACAUACAGUUUAGGGUCCUAGCGCAGAGUCCUUGUUUAAAGGUCAUUGACUCAUCAUCUAUCAGUAAUGAGAGGAUUGGAAGAAUAAUUUUGCAUACAAAUGAGGACUUAAUUUGAUGAAAUAUAAUCUCUUUAAGUUCCUUGAAAAUGGAGUUGGUUUGUUUUGUUUCUGAAUGCUAUCUGCUUUUAACUAGUAGUUGCCUACAUCUGGGGACUUCAGAGAAGAAUUAAUUAUAUUUUGUUAGUUAUGUAGACACUGGUUAUGGAAGCAUUUCUUUACCCUUUUCAUGUUUGGUUUCUGAACUUAAAAUUGCCCUCAUACUUAAUAAUAUGGUCUGCAUUUAAUAUGAAAGGUGUUUUCUUGAUAAAUCUGUUGUACUAUUUGGAUACAUUUGUGUAUUCCUUGCAGCCAACCUGUAUUCGUGGGAUUGGUUUAGGGUUAAAUCAUCAACAUUAUUUCAUAAAAUAAAUUUAAGAAUUUGUUCUGUAUUAUCUAAAGUUGUAUCAGUAUAUUGUCACAGUUGUGCUGUUAACUAAAAAUGCUGAGACCCCUUUUUAUAGAAAAACAAAAAGACAUCAAGUCUUCUUAAUUCAACCCAUAAUCAUUAAGUACUUAACAAAGAAUAUUUUACAAGUGAUUGAUAGUAUUUCAACAAUGUGUAAUUAAUAUUUUUGAUACAGUGAUUUCAUAUUGGAAUCAUUAUUUGUGCAAAGGGACAGACAGAUCACUUAGAUUGCUAUACUAGUGGACAUAGGCUAAAUGUUUGCACAUUCACAUUCUUAUCACGUGUAGAAUGCUUCACAAAAUAGUCAACAUCUAAGGCCCUAAUUUAUGUUUUGAAAGAUCAUGUGUUCCAAAAAUACUCCCUAUCAUUGUCUCCACAGCCUUAAAGUGCUAUAGAUUUAAAUUCAUUGAUUGAUUAGUUUUCAUUUUUAAUUUUAGACUGCUUCUUUCCAUAAAUACCCUAUGUACUGGCAUAUCUGAAACUCUUUUUCCAGGUUAGGUCCUUUUCUUUCUCAUUGAAUCAUCUUAGAUAGUUCUUGGCCCUGAAUUUAGCUGAUUUAAAAUUCUUAAUAUUCAAGAAUUUAUACUUAUUUUUUCUUUAAAAGCCACAGGGGACAGUUAUAUAUCUUAAAAUAUCUAAAGCAUUUUUUAGAGCGCUUACAUUGUCUUACGUAUGUGCAUACUAUACCUUUACAGCGUUUAUUGUCUUGUCUCUUGUCAGUAGACCUUCAGUACACAGUAUGUGGGAUAUGUCAGUCAAGUUGGUCAGCACCAGCAUCUGUCCAGCUGUUCAGUAUAUUGUGAUUCAUUAAAACAUCUGUUCUAUCCCAGACAUGGGCCAAGGUGCUGUAUCUGAGGGAUGUGCUGUAAUUUGAUUUACAUGCAUUAGAGCACACAGUAGAAAAACCUUAGCUUCAUUGGUAAUAUGACACAUGUAUAUAGUGAGAUGUCUUUAUUGUGUGCUUUGCAUAUUUUGUAAAUAUUUUGCACGUCAUUAUUUUUCUUUUUUGUUUAAGCAGUGUUUGACCUGGAAGAGUGAUAUGCUUGCUGCUUAAUCAAAGGAUUAAAGAUUUAAAGAUGUC